AAAAAAAAAAAACUUGCGUUGCAGGAUUACAUGUUCACCAUCCUGAUAAAGACUUUGUUCAAUCUUUAAACCAAGUGGGAACCUGCAGGCGAGGACUGCUGCGUCCAUCUGCACCUCUUAAGAAUGGCGUUGUUCUUACUCGGAGGACGUCUCUUAAAGUGCAGACCUGACAUCAAGAGAGCCAUGACAGCCACACAGACGUACUGCUCUUCAGUGGCUUCCGGCAGGCAGCGUGUUAAUGGAGUGGAUCUGUACUACGAGCAGACAGGCAGAGGGAAACACGCAGUGCUGUUGUUUCCUGGAGCACUGGGAAGCACUCGUACAGACUUUGGACCUCAGCUUAAGUCCCUGAAUAAGGAACGUUUCACUGUAGUGGGCUGGGAUCCCCGUGGUUAUGGACAAUCCCGUCCCCCAGACAGAGACUUCCCCCCUGACUUCUUUGAAAGGGAUGCAAAGGAUGCAGUGGAUCUGAUGAAGGCACUGGGCUUUGGCAAGUUCUCCCUGCUGGGGUGGAGCGAUGGAGGAAUCACCGCUCUGAUUGCAGCAGCGAGGAACCCCAACCUGAUCAACAAGAUGGUUGUAUGGGGAUCCAAUGCCUUUGUUUCCCAGCAUGACCUCAACCUUUACGAUGCGGUCCGAGAUGUGUCCAAGUGGAGUGCGAGGAUGAGGCAGCCCAUGGAGGAGGUGUAUGGAGCAGAAGUCUUUGCUAAAACCUGGGAAGCCUGGGUGGAUGGAAUCGCACAAUAUGCACACAGACCAGAAGGGAGUAUCUGCAUUGAGCUUCUGCCCCUGAUCAGUUGUCCGACCCUGAUCGUCCAUGGAGAGAAAGACCCCAUGGUGCCCGGCGUCCACCCGCAGUACCUCCUCAAACACAUCAAAGGAUCACGAUUACACCUGAUGCCAGAGGGAAAACACAACCUCCACCUGAGGUUUGCUGAUGAAUUCAACAAAAUGGUGGAGGACUUUCUGGACAAUUGACUGAUUAAUUAACUCAGCAAAAGGAGAACUACAGUGACUAAUAGGUCAUCACAAACAUUUACAUAAAGACAAUAAACUUUGUGAAUUAUUUCUCUUCUA